AUCAAUCAGAUUGCCAUGAACCCUACUAACACCGUUUUUGAUGCAAAACGUCUUAUUGGUCGAAGAUAUAGUGAUUCUUCAGUUCAAAGUGAUAUCAAGUUGUGGCCUUUUAAGGUCACUCCAGGUCCUGCUGAUGAACCCAUGAUUUCUGUCAAUUACAAAGGUGAGGAGAAGCAGUUUGCAGCCGAAGAAAUUUGCUCCAUGGUUCUUAUCAAAAUGAAGGAGAUUGCAGAAGCUUUCCUUGGGUCGACUGUCAAAAAUGCUGUAAUCACUGUUCCCGCUUACUUCAAUGACUCUCAAAGGCAAGCCACCAAGGACGCGGGUGUGAUUUCUGGUCUUAAUGUGAUGCGUAUUAUUAAUGAGCCGACUGCUGCUGCAAUUGCUUAUGGUCUUGACAAGAAGGCUGGCAGUGUUGGGGAGAAGAAUGUUCUGAUCUUUGACCUUGGUGGCGGUACUUUCGAUGUCUCUCUUUUGAGUAUCGAAGAGAGUAUAUUUGAGGUUAUUUCGACUGCUGGUGAUUCUCAUCUUGGUGGUGUGGAUUUUGAUGACAGACUGCUGAACCAUUUUGUAAAAGAAUUCAAGAGAAAGCAUAAGAAGGAUAUCACAGGCAACCUAAGAGCAUUGACAAGGUUGAGGACUUCUUGUGAAAGGGCAAAGAGGACAUUGUCAUCCACUGCUCAAACAACCAUUGAGAUUGAUUCACUGUAUGAAGGUGUCGACUUUUACUCCUCCAUUACUCGUGCUAGGUUUGAGGAGCUGAAUAUGGAUCUGUUCAGGAAGUGUAUGGAGCCUGUUGAGAAGUGUCUUUUGGAUGCCAAUAUGGAUAAUAGCAGUGUUGAUGAUGUGGUUCUAGUCGGUGGAUCAACCAGAAUCCCCAAAGUGCAACAGCUACUCCAAGAUUUCUUCAAUGGAAAAGAGCUCUGCAAGAGCAUUAACCCCGAUGAGGCUGUUGCAUACGGUGCUGCAGCUCAAGCUGCAAUCUUGAGUCGGGAGAGUAAUGAAAAUGUUCCAGAUUUCCUACUUUUGGAUGUUACACCUCUAUCACUAGGAAUUGAAACAGCUGGAGGUAUAAUGAGUAUUCUCAUUCCAAGGAACAGUACCAUCCCGACAAAGAACGAGCAUGUGUUUACUACCCUCGUCGACAAUCAGCCAAAUGUCUUCAUUCAGGUAUAUGAAGGUGAAAGAACAAGAACCCAAGACAAUAACUUGUUGGGCACGUUUGUGCUUUCCGGAAUCCCACCUGCACCAAAAGGUAAACCACAGAUCACAGUCUCCUUUGACAUUGAUGCCGAUAGUAUUCUAAAUGUCUCAGCUGAAGAGAAAACGACAGGCCAGAAAAAUGGGAUCACUAUCACCAACGACAAGGGAAGGCUUUCAAGGGAGCAAAUUCAGAAGAUGGUUCAAGAGGCUGAGAAGUACAAGGCAGAGGAUGAAGAGCAUAAGAAGAAGGUGGAGUCUAAGAAUGCAUUGGAGAACUAUGCAUACAACAUGAGGAUUACCAUCAAGGAUGAGAAGCUAAGCCCAGCUGAGAAGAAAAUGAUUAAUGAUGCGAUUGAUGGAGCCAUCUCUUGGUUGGAUUUCAACCAGCUUGCUGAGGCUGAUGAGUUUGUUUACAAGGUGAAAGAGCUCGAGAAUAUCUGCAACCCGAUCAUAGCCAAAAUGUAUCAAAGAGGAUAUCUGCAACCCGAUCAUGGUGGGUCAAUUGUCGAGGAGAUAUUCCUGCCGGUGGGUGGCGCUGGCCCCAAGAUUGAGGAAGUCGAUUAA